GUGGAACACUCCGACGGGGAGCAACGCGCGUAAAAAGCUGGAUGAAGUCACUGAAGCGAGUGAACAACCUCAUCGGCAGGGAGACGAAUAUCGACAAGAUGGUGAAGAUGUCGUUUUCUGGCACUCCUGCCAAUUUUGACACAAAUACGUCUUCUGAUACAAAUCCUGUCAAUUUUGGUGACACAAAUAUUGACAAGACGGAGGAAGAGAUGUCCUCGUCUUCUUCUAUAACAACUGGUACAGUUCUUGUCGUCCAGAAGUCUUCUCCUGUGCAGAGUUAUUCGUCAUCGCCAAGAAAUGCCACCAGCAUAAAUGAUGGAGGUAGUCUCAAAAUAACAACAGCGGCAUGCGCACGCAGAGAGCAAGAGGAAGACCAUCAGGGACAUCAAGAAACGCUUGCUUUUUCUCCAGUACGACGUGCGCUAUCUUCACUAAAUAGAGCAUCGCCGCCCUCCCCCGCACACGGCGAUCGUGCUGCAUUGUUUUAUUAUAGUGGUCCUGGUGCGGUCGACGUCGCCUCGGCAGGAAGCGGGCAAAGAGAAGAAGCCCUAGAAGAAGGUGAUCUGCCAGCGGUACCAGCACGAAGUGAAGAAGACCUAAAAGGUGAGGAAGCAGCACGAAGUGAAGAAGAGCUAGAAGGUGAGCUACUUGCAGUAGCAGAGCACCGCUCGAAGGAGGUCAAUACUGAGGGAGAGCAGGGCGCUCCUGCUGAGACGAACACGACACCUCCAGCGCCGCUUGUGAAAAAAAUUGAAAAGCUUAAAAAUACCCCUGCUGCUAUGCGUACGCAGGGCAGCGGUAUUAUGGCAUCGAGUGGGACAACCACGUUGCAGAUGCUGCCGAAGACUACACCAGCGGAUCGGAGUCUAUCUUCGGGUAUCCGGUCCGGAUUUGCUGUGUCCGACCACAUAGGCGUAAUUCGGUCGGCAGAGGUUGAAGCGGCGCCGUUGGUUUGGCGCUUUGUCUGCGGCUUCCCAUUGGAUACCAGCGGAAGGUUUCGAGGCGAUCGUGAUGGCCUAAAUGAUAGGAGGAGGAAGCUUUCUAGCUUAAUAAAGAACUCGGCAUCAGCACAACAACGUGAAGAUUACGAAGCUUUUGUGAAUUUUUUCGGACAAGAUUAUCUUGCAGGUCCCGAAGGUGAAGGAAGUCUUCGAACACGGAGUUUCGCUCUUCACAGGCUCUACCAGGAGCUACAAAUGGGUGACAGUGUAGCAGCACCAUUCAGGGUCCAGUAUUUUCAGCAAGGCAAUGGCGAUCGACUUGAAGCCCAGCGAAUGAAGAUGUUGAGUUUGGAUGACGGCAAAGGAGAAAAAGACGCGCAUCUUGGGCAAGAAACCCUGACGAGGAAAAGUACUAGAAGAAGAGCAAAAGAAAAAAAGAACAAAGCUUCUAGGGGAGAGGAAGGCGACCUUCUUGUUGAAGAGCAAGAAGAAAUAGGUGAAAAAAAUGACGACGUUGAGAUGAUGUGCAAAUUGAUAGAAGCACUAUGCGACAAGGCUUUGUUAAAUCGUGGCAUGUUGUGUGCUGUUUUGCGAAAGUUGCAGUUUCUCUUGCUCGGGGCCUCCAGUCGUACUCGUUCCAGUAGUGGCGGCACAACUAGACAGGACAGCUACAAGAGAGAUGAGAAUAAGAUAUGGUCUGGAUCAAGACUUGCAUCCAUUUUGGUAGAGCUCGCGGACUGCACUUCCUUGCCAGGAGGGACGAAGAGGAAAAGGAAGAGGGAUGAUGAAAGGGUGGACCAAGAGCAAGAGGAAGACGUCGAAGGAGUAAGUCCUAGUAUCUUUUCUUCAUCUGGAGGUGCCUCGUCACGAAUCAAGCCGCAUAAGACUCUGUACCGAAGAAGCGUGAUGUCGCUUUUGGACCUCUAUGAGGAGAUGGAUUUUCGUUCGUUCUCUUCACGUGUUGUAAAUAUGGGUAAAAAUAUUUGGUCCCCACGAGGAGCAAGAGCAGGACCACGGAGUGAAGGCCUAGGAUCGCAGGACAAGAGAGAAGGCAAACGAGACUUUGAAUUGGAUAGGGUAAAAAGGUUGUUGGAGGAUUUGGGGAUCGAGUUUCGCGAUUCGUCACCCAAAGUUCGGCAUCUCUACGACCGCUUUCUGGCAGUGUUGAGCCAAACCCACGACGCCAUGAUGAGCAGCUCGCAACCUGCGCAUGCAGAAGGUGAAACAGAAGACCUUCUUGCAGUGGGUCGUGGUGGGGAUUUGGAUUAUGGUACGGAUUUGGAUUACCCGAACAACAUAGAGGAGGAAAUGAUCGAAUGGGUCCACUCUUCCCAGGAAGUUUUGCCGUCGGUGCCCAGGAGUGAUGCCCAUAUUCUUGGGGGUUUCUCAAACAAGAACUCGUCUUUCUCUAGCAGUCACAAAAACAACAAUACAGCUGGUGGCGUGUUCAAGAAAAUGUCAACACGUCCCUCGCCAUCUGGCGCCGUGGUCUUCCCGGCGACAUCCGCAGCUUUUUCCUCCAGUGCUCCUGCUCCUCCAGCAUUCCAGUCCGUAGACGGGCCGCGCGUCCGCCCGGCGCGUCCGGGAAUGUCGGAGGUCCUCGGUGCGUCUCCAGGGGCGGCCAAAUUCCGUCGCGUUUCUUCUAUUCGCGCUAAGCGAGACGCAAAGAUCGGUGCAGUGCGAAGUUCAGCUUUAGGCAGCAAGACGCAACAUGUGGCACAACAUGUGGUACAAGCCCCACCCAUUCUGGAGGAUGAAGUUGUGAUUCAGGAGUUCCUAGAUGCCAUUCAAACGUUAGGGCUACAAGAAAUCUCCCAUUUUCAGAGGCAUCUUGGUCCCGUUUUUAAAGGGAAAAGGAGGCCCAAGAUGCUGCUGCCGAUGGAGGAUUUCGCUCAGUUCUAAAAGCGGCACUAUUCGAGGAGUGCAGUGAACAGCAGGGUGUGGAGCCCCCUCAUCUUCGAGGUGUUGUAGAAGAUCGUCGCGCUCUAGAUUAUCUAGAUCGCCUAGAUGCAGAUGCACAUGUACAUGGAGAUGCUGCACAAACUGAAACUGAAAGAACUGAAGAUGUUUUCGCAUCGCCUGGAAGAAGAGCGGACGACGAUGAUGUUGGUGCUGUGACGAGAGGACGUCCUGAGACCACGACGGGUGACGAGACCACGACGGCGACACGGCGACGCGACUUCAACAAGGUGUCGCCGUUGCGAAGCUCUCAAGUUCUACCGAGGGAGCUGAUGUCGCAGGGUGCGCUACUCGAGAUGCGGGACAGAGAUUUGGACGCCUUGGAUCAGCUGCAAAAGCAUGCGGCAAAAGCCCGCGCGAAUGUUGAGCGUGCGCGUUUGCUCACCAGGUUCGAAACCAUUCGGUCCAAAGUGAGACGUCUGGUUUUCGGUUUGCGGGCCAUGGAGUUACGAAGAAGUCGCUUUUUGUGCGACCCGGAUCCUGAGAUCGCCCUCAGACAGACCAAGCUACUCCAGCUCCUCUGUUUGGUCACGACAGAAGCACGUAUGAAGACAGAAGAGGAUGCACAUCUUCUACUUCGUGGCGAACUACAGCAACGUCCCCGUGAUGAACGUCACCAGGUCGUAAAAGAACAAGCCUCGCCUCCCUCUGUUAUCGUUGAGUAUUUUGCAAGAAAUGCUUCCGCGAAAACUUUCCGCGAAGCUCUUCUAGCAAAUGCAACUUCUAUGCUUGGUAGCAGUAGAAAUUUAGACUUCUUCUCAGUUGCCGAGGACUACCACGAGAGCAACUUUAAAGAUCAGAAUACUACUGCUACAACUACUACUGCUACUACGACUCAUUCUGGAGCUGAUGGAAGCAGAAUAGAUACAGUGGCCAAGUUGAGAACUUUUAAUGCCUAUCGGUGGUGGCUCAGUCUUGGAGACGAUGCUUGCCUCCUUUUGGAAUUCGCUUGCACAUCGCCCCCUAAUUUGCACGUGGUCCUGCAAGAAGACGAAAAAGGUCUUUCCAAAAAUGAGUCCAGGACUCUACUUUCCAAGAACAAUAAGGCUAAGAUGAAUGACGGACGGAAAAAGUUUACAAAAUUCUCAGCAGAAGUUCUUGAAGAGAAGCGAGAAGAUGAAGAGAAACAACCCACCCAAUCUGAAUUCCCAGAAGACGAGGAGAUCGUGGAGAAAAUCCAGAUUCUUCGCCGUUAUCUUCUUUUGGAAGGCAUCAAUGACCGGGACCCCGUAGACUUUCUCUUUCAUUGGCACGCGGAAUCUUCUGGGCCCAGGCGCGCCGUGGUCAACGCCCUUCGCUUUUUCGCGCAGCUCCUGACACCUCACCACACGAAGCCAAAUCAAGACAAAAGUGAAGAUCAGCAGGACGAUGUUGAAGAUCAUGUUCAUCAUAAUUUAUGACUUCUGGUUGAGGAGGAAAUCCGUCUUGUUCCGUAACAUCUACUCAGUCUCGCCUUUAAAGGGAAAGUGAGCACUGAGAAGAUGCUCAACAAGAUGAAUUUCUGCAAGUUCUAAAUCAUUCCGAAGGCCAGAACUCCGUUGCCUCAUCUUCUAGCUCGUACCGAGACUUACUGCGACAAAAAAUGCGUGCUGCGUUGCAAACGCUGUCCAAUUUGCACGCUUUUUGGGUUUCUUGUUGUGAUUUCAGGAGAGGAGUACUAGACCACAGAAGCAGUAAUCGUCAUUCCCUGACGUUGAAAAAUAAAGGAGCCACUUCUAGUACUACGACGACUUCAGGAGCAUCUUCUUCCAACAUCUCUGCACGACUCGCGAACGAUUCAAAGCUGAACUUUUCAUCUUCUUCACUUUAAGGCUACAAGAAAUCCAUCUUCCCCAGCAUUUUGGUCCCGUUGUUAAGGCGAAAAGGGGACCCAAGAUGCUGCUCCGGAUGGGUCUCCCUUACUUCUAAUCACUAUCGAUCGCAGACUGUAAUGCUAUUUUCGAUGCGGAUGUAGCUAUUUUAGAGCAGCUGCAGGGUAUGUUUUACGCACAGCGUUUCAACAAAGUUUGUGGUGAAAGCGUGUCUGAAGUGUAUGAACGGUCACUGCGGAACUUCUCAGCAUUCGUCUCAGAAAAACGGCAACUCCAGGACCGAGAAAAGCAACGCUGUAUCUUAAGGCUAAGUAGUUCUUUAUCACUACUAUCCCUAAUUAUCGUUCCUAGUGUCUAUUCGCAACAAAUCACGACUAUCCCUGUACAAGAUGGAAUAUACUGAGAUCAAUUAUAGUACAUGUGAGCAUUUAUAAAGGGGGGAGAAACGACUAAGGGGGAAAAUGAAGAGGGACUCACUCAGACAGGGACCAUUGACAUCGCCCAACUCUGAGGCCUCACUCAGACAGGUUCCAUAUCUUCUUUUCCUGACACGUCCUGCCCUCUCGUUCGUUGAUGUUCUCGUCCUUGUUGUUCUUAUGUCAGAAAAAGGCACUCUUUACACCUUGACUCUUUUACAAGUCCUAAUCAAUAGUAAUUUCUGUGACUUAGUAAGCAAGACAAAUUAUUGCUUAAGCUUUAACUAUCGCAAGGUUCGGCUACACCGACGCAGAGUAUGCGCGCUUGCACAGCUCCUUAGACACGCACGCCGAAGCAUUGCUCGAUAUGAGCCCAACAAGCAAAAGUCCUUCCAGCAGAAAGGAUGCCGAGAAGUACAACAAGGGCAAGAAAAUUCAGAGUCGCAACCGAGCGAUACUAGGACACUCCAAUCCUUCUAUCUUAAGGCUUUAUUAUUCUUCCGAGACAACAUCCUGGGGACAGAAGAGGCUUUCUCCUGAUAUCAAAUCAAGGUGGAAAUAAGAGGCCCAGGAUCAUGUGUCAUCCCAAGAUGGAAUUUUAGGGUCGCGAGCUCUAAAAAAUAUCGGCGCUGGAGAAGGAAAUUACCUAGACGAAGAAGACGCGUUGGAAGAUUUUCAGAUGGAUGACGAUGUUGACGCCGAAGAGAACUCGCCAGGCCAUAAUGAUCCUCUCCUGGUCGAUAACGAAGCAGAAGCUUCGUCUUCUGGUGCGGUCGUCCAGACGAGAGGUAACCGUUCUUUUAGAACAAGGAGGACCUUAGGGUUAGGUAAUGAUCGUGGAGGUACUAGUUCUCUUUUGGAGGAUGGUGACGAUUUCAGAGGUGUCCAGGACCCUGACGGGCAUGUGUCCAUAAGCUAUCGCAAGCGCAAGCAGAAUGUUAUCUCGGGUUUAGAGUAUCCAGAGACAGCACGCAUGGUCAGUUAAGGCUCGAACGAUACAAUUCUAAUUAUCAUUCUCAAGCACGGUCACACUUUCUUCUGCUUCCUUCUUAGGAUUCCGAGGAAAUGAAAGUUAGAAGUGAAGUAUUUUGAGCUAGUGUAGAGAGUAAGUAUAUAAUUUCGAUGCACUUCUUUUCUUUCUGCUUCACAAUGUUGAAGGGAAGAAGUGUGAAGUUCUUGCUUCGAGCUUAUUUAUCUAAGUCCGAACGAUUUUGGGACGCGGCAACUUGACAAGGUGGCUGCAGCGUGCGGUGGGUCCCGAGAUGAGGAGGAAAGUUGCUACCAACACUUCUUGUGCGAGAAAACGAGAUUUCGAACGUGCUGACGGCGUGGACGACGCAGACGAUUUUAAGGCUACCGCUCAAGCAUGUCCUUGACAUCAAGCUCCUUGAUAUUUUCUCUGACCUUUAAAUUCCUAAUUAAUAGUAAUCCUUGUGUCUUUUUCUACUUGAAAAAAUGGCCAAGGAUGCACUCCGGGACGCUAACGCGGUAGCUCUAACGAUUGCUCCUUUGCAGAUUCUAUCCAGCAACCUGCCUAUGACGAUUACAAUAAGAGUAUGAAUGGUGCAGCUAGUCGUGGUGGCAGUACAAGAACUACUAGGAGUGGUGGUCGUGCCUCUUCUGCGGCAGAUGAAGUCGUGAACUCUUCGCGUCAUGGACGUAGCAGUGGAGGCCGUACUAGCAGUAACAAGUUCUUACCCUCAUGGACAACACGAACAAGUGGUCUUCUCCUGGAUGAAGCGUCUUCGAAGAGUUAUAGGAAAAACGAUUUCUUCGUAAGCCAACAGGCGGAGCGGGUGAAAGCCGCAGCACUCUUUGCGCGUGGCGCACAUCAGCAUUUGAUUAAGGGUAUAGUUUUAAUUACUCUAACUCACAGAUCUUUGUUGUUGAGGCAGGACAGCCGUGACGAAAAGAAAAUGACUGAGUUAUUAUAUCCCCAUGCCGAUACAGUUCAGGGAUGCAGGUCGAAUAUGAAUAUCGAAUAGCUAUGGGAAUAGUAGCAUUGAGGUUGGUAGAAUGUGGCAUGUGCAUAUUCCAUCGCAGCCCUAAUUCGCGGCUCGAUCAGAGUGGCGAUCACGAUAAGCAGGACGCCCGUCGUUUGCAUCUCCUCGCGCCUGUUUAUGGAUGAUAUUUUUUGCAUCUAUCAGACCAUCGAGGUUCCCCUUAAGACUACACUUUUUUAAGGGAAAUAGAGGGAUAGCCGUGAUGGUCUGCCUAGAUGGAAUAGACACCAUUCAUGCUGUUGUGUCGGUGAUUGAAUACUUGCGAAUGCUUUCCGGAGCCGAUAUUCUUGGUAGAAGUGAGAGCGACUCAGGAGUUCACGUUGGAGCUUCUAUUAGUAGCGGCGCAGGCGGUUUCCUCCAGGCAGCAGGAGGAGCAAGAGGGGCCGAUCGCAUGGAGAGGGAUCAAGACGAAGAAGAUGAUCAUGUUGAGGAGGUAACUACUGAUCUUGAAGAUGUCGAGUCGUAUUUGCGCCGCCUUGCGUCUGUGGCCGCAGAUGAUGCCCGACUACGAAAACUGGCACUGCUAGAUCAAGCUCUCUCACGCUCAAGGCAGCGCACCACAGUCCAUCGUCGCAAGCUCGCAAGGGUGCGUCACUACCAGCAAAGGCUGGAGCAGGAGGAAGAAGAGAGCGAUAGCAUCGACGAGGAAGCUCCUCUUGAAGAACCUGGUGGAGCUUCUUCCACUACCCUUGCUACAAGAAAAAGAAGUUCUGUUGGCGAUGACGAACAACCCAUCAUGACGAACAACCCAUUGGUAGGAGAGCCAGCACCUGUUGUUACGUCACCAGAGCCUGUUGUUACGCAACCAGAGCCUGUUGUUGUGCCAGAGCCUGUUGUGCCAGAGUUCUGGCCACCCUUGAGAUCUCCCCGAAAGGAGGGUUCCACCCAUGUGCCAGCUUCGGCAGUAGAUUCGGAGCAGCGACGUGAGAAAGAAGCGCCCGGCGACCGUGAUGGUGACGUCGUAGUUGUAGAAGAGACCACUCAAAAGAAGCAAGAACAGGAGCUAAGAGCGUCAAGGCAUCAAGAAGUGGAGCACGGGAAAGACCAGGAGCAGGAAGCGGAGCAUGAUGUAGCCGCACACCAGUUAGCCUCUAGUACAACUCAAGUAGCAAUUAUAGAAGCAGGAAACGAAUUUAAGAGUGCAGCUACCACGUCAAGUAGAAAGAAGUCCAGGAGAAGUACGACUUCGGCUUCGGGUAAGACUAUUAAAGGUACCAGCACGAGGACAUUUUCCAGAGCUGCUAGGAGAACAUCAUCUGUGACACGGAAUCGAAAAAGUACAUCAAGUGCUGCUCGAACAUCAAGUGCUGGUAGACGGACUACAACGACAGGCAGUAGUUCUGUUGUUCCCGGGAGAAAGCGAAGCCGAACUAAACGCCGUUCUCCUGGCAGCCUGACGAAGGAGCGGGGGUCAACAUCAGAGCGCUUGGCGCAGGUUCGAGCUACUGUGGCUAGCCUGGAGGCUGCGGUGGCCCGAGAAGAAAGAUUGCGUCAGCACUGGCAGCAAUUGCGAAAGCGUUUGCCCCAAAUUCGAGAACUAGCUGCCACUUUCAGCAAAGGCGAACAAAUAGAAGAUAAGCAGGCAGAAGUGGAUGUUGAUGCAGCAGAGAAGAAAGUUUUUGAAUUAUCAUCUUCUUCGUCAGAGCUCACGCCUUGUCGUGCGACGCCUCGUGCAGGUGGAGAGGACCACACGAGAAGCCUGGGAGCGUCAGAGCAGGAUAUCCAAGCGGUUAAUAAUACUCAAGAGUUCGUGGGAUCGCCAGAGAUACGCGCAAUUGAAGAGGAAUUAGGGGACAGUGCUGAGAUGGAAGCCGGUCGAAGAGACGAAGAAGAAAUCGAAAUUCUUCUUGGAGGAGGACAGCAAAGUGAAAGAGAGGACCUCGAUGCCGGAGGACAGCAAAGAGAAGAAGGAUUGGCAUCAGAAGAAAUAGAAGGCGUAAAUGCAGGCUCGUCUCCGGUUGUCGUUGAAGGAGGAACUAGGCCAACUAGUGCCAUUCACGUAUUUGUGGACUCAGAGAUUUUAAUGUUAGAAGAAGGAGAACAAGGGCACGGGAAUCUCAAUCUUCCUGCUGCGGACGAGGUGAAUCCUGAUUCUGACCAAAUGAAGCAACCAACUGGAUACCACCUGCUUCGCAGUUCCGCUACUUCCUCGAAGAUGUCGGACACAUACAUAGACCACUUGCAAGAGGUUGUCACGACUUCAGCAGCUUCUAAUGAUCGUGCAUCGACUUUGCAAUUUGGGGAAGCAGAGCAUAUUACCAGUGUGGACCAUGGUUUUCACCUUGCUACGAAGGUAGCGCAUGCGCAUCCGAUGAAGGAGGAAGUGGCGAAUGAAGCGCGUCGCUUCGUUGAGAAAGUAGUCGAAAGUACAGGAGGAUUCCUGUUGAACUCCUCUUCAUCUACUUCCAAGUCUUCAUCUCCGAAGUUGUCUGUCUCUUCAUCCAAGGCAACAUCGAGCAAAUCAUCCUCGUCAGGUGAGCGUAGGGCACACGAAGAUGAUGAAAAUUUUGAAUCAAGAGCUGUUUCUGAUGAUGGGGCUCCGAUAGUUGUGCGGUCUUUAACUGCUGGCUCUAAAAACUGGAGUGUCUCACUCUCAACAGCUCCAAAAGUGAAGUCUUCAACGCCUGAAAGGUCAUCGAGAAAGCAGUCUCUUCAUGCAGAUGCAGGAGAUCAUCGACUGGCAGCAUCCUUAACCUCCAGUACUGCGGGCCAGUCUAGUACUGCUAACUCGAAAUCGAAAAAACAUCACAUAUUCCAUAUCGAUGGAGAGCAGGUUGUGGUGUCGGUCCUAGACAGAGGAAAAAAGAGGCCAAAGCUGGCGAACCACGAAGGCGAAUCGACUCACUUCGUGGAGGUGCAACAGCAGCAUCCUCAUCUCAAUGAUGACAGAGCCAUGUCUGCUGCAGCGGGACCAGGAGGUAUGAUGAAAAGAAUGUGACUAUGUACUCAACAUAAUCAUAUAUGUUGAGCUCCUAAAUAAGAAAAAUACUAAUCGUUGUUCCUCAUAUAUGUUCCAGGGAGGGAGGCCCCUCCUGUAGAUGGAGCGGUGGUGCAGCACAGCAGUGGCCGAAGAGAAUGGCAAAAGGAACAGACAGAAGGGAGGGACGCGCUCCCGAUCUUUAGGGUACACGCAAGAAGCCGCGCGGGGCCGGGGGUGGGCUGUUGGUGGCCUUCCCGCCUAGCGGUCCUCCGAAAAAAGGGUCCGGGGCUAGAGGCCGCGCCCUCGCCUCCCUAGAUCAGGGGGGGGCCUCUAGCCUUGAGCCCUGGAAUAUAUAUAAGUACUCAAACAUUGAAUGCAGUUCUUGGCUCAAAAAUGGUUGCAAUGAGUGGAUCGACAUCAGUGAGUGCCUAGAAGUAGUAAGUAAGUACUUAUGGUGAGACUCUUGAGUAUGACGAGUAAUGGUCUGCGGCAGCUAUUAGGGAUACGAGAGUAGUCCAAAAAAAAAGCCUACAUUUUCGUUUUACUAAUAUACAAAGUCAACGAGUAGGCACAGCAUCAACGAGCGGCGAAGAAGGGAUCGCAGAUGGAGGCCGAGGUGGAGGUGGUCGUGGUGGAGGUGUUCGUGCUGAUCAUGAAGAGGAGGUAGACGAUGAAGUUGUCGUGGACAUGAAUGAGUAUGCUCUGCGGGUCCCACGUCGCGAUCGGCCAUUUGACGGAGAGCUAGCGCUAGACAAUUUGAUUGGCGACAUUCCUCCUCUCUUUCGCUCUCCGAACCAUUCUCCGAACCAGACGGUUAACCUUGCCGGCAGAGGGGAUAGGUCCACAAAGAGACGUAGCAGAAGAAGUAGAAUGGUCGGACACAUUUGUUCUAGGAAGCACAGUCCUGCAGGAGAAGGGGAAGCAGAAAAGGAUGGAGAAAGUCUUGUGGGAGAAAGUUUCGUAAGGAAAGGCAGGAAGAGCGAGGGCAAGGAUGAGGCGCCUGGUGAAGAAGAAGAUGGUUGGGCGCAGGUAGACAAGUUUUUCCUAGAUUCAAGAGACAAUGGUGAAGUACGACCUGCUUUAAGUAGAGCAAAUAGAAGGGAGGCUUUUCCAGUAGAGGAUGCGAAAGAACAAGUUGCACUGAUGUACUCGGACGAAGCGGCUUUUCCCUUUGUUGAUCGGGCGCGCGAGUCAGAGUUCUAUUUCGUCGGUGUACGGCCUCCAAGAAAAUGGGCUCCUCUUAACAACGAAAGCAGAGAAGUUUUUCUCUAUUAUCUGGGGGCAUCAGGCGGCUCUUCUAGUGGUAGAAGUAGUAAAAAGAGGAAGGGUAGUAAGACGAAUAAAGCAAGAGCUUCAAGGACUUCUAGCGCGUCAUCUUCUGAGCGCAGGAGUAGUAAAGAUAUAAAUGACAGUAGAAAAUUUCGGAGGCGGAGCAAGCCUGAGGGUGAAGCAAGUGGUCCAUCUCCGAGUGACAAAGUUGUUGUAGAUGAAGCUUCUCCUAGCUCUAGUGCUCUUGUUGAACAAAAAUUACCACGAGGAAGUCGGGCUGCGGCAUCCCCAAACUCGACUCGUAGAAGGAGUAUAUCGAGGCGUAGAAGCAGAAAGUCGCUAGCAGGAAGUCCAAGCGCGACGACGAGCAGGAAGUCCAGGAGCAGACGACGCAGUUCAUCUAGGUCUCGCAGAGGUCGUUCGUCUAGCGCACUGUCGCCUACUCCUAAAACCGGUACCACUCCGGAAUCCGGCACUAAAAAGAAGGCGACUUCUUCCUCUGGUAGCUUCGCGAACCAUGCGGUCUCUGAUUCGACCUUGGCGACCAAUAAUAAAGAUGCUGCGCCGCCUGCGGCGGUUGUAAUGAACAUGAACAAUAGAAGUCGGAGUCGCGGAGGAAGCGGCUCUCCUGUUGCUGGCGGAAGUAGUUCUCCAGCAUUGAGCGUCCGACGCGAUCCUCUCGAAGAGCGAAAGCGCCAAGAAUUCUUGAUGGCACGGCACUUAGAAAGGGGUAGGCGAGACUUCCUCAAGCAGAUGCAGAACCAGCAGAGGACAAGGGUUGGAUCUGCGAUGCGUAACAACUUUUCGAGACAGCUUGCUCGGGAUGAGCGAGAUGGCGCGAGAGGUAUAGAAAACAGCGACUCGUCCCAUGAAGAUGAUACUAGCGUGCCAACGUCGUCAGCUCCUUCGCAACAUCCUGACAGCAGCAGCAUGAGUAGCAAUAAAGGCGAUAUUACCAGUGGAGGACGGGCAGCAGUUUCCUCGUCCUUGAAGAAAAAUGGUCGCAGGUUUGUGCAGGCACCUUUUGAAAAAUGGUGGCGGCGCAUGUUUGCGCACAUAGUGGAACACAAUCGAGAGGUGAUUUGCGAUCCCGCUUUUUUGUCGGGAAUCGAUACCAAAGCGACUCAGCGCGUGAUCCGCAAGCGAAUUUGUGUCGUCUUUGUCAUGAAUUUGGUCAAAAUCCUGCUGCGUAGAGGCGAACUGUUCCACGACAAUCAUUCUGAGUUCCUCCCUUUGAAAGAAUACGCGCGCUUCUUCAAAGACCAGGACUAUGCAAGAGACUUCCAACAAAGUCGCGGAAACGACGAUCAUGACGAGGAGUCGCACAGCAAGAAAAACAUCUUAGAAGGUGGAAUGAUUAGUAGUACGACAUCAGAAGUUCCUAGAAACAAGUCGUCAGCUCAACAAGGAACUGCUGGUGCUGUAGUUGUAUCUCCACGACUUCUAGGUGGUGAGGCCACGACAACUUCUUCUUCGUCAUCUUCUUCAUCUUCGAGUUCGUCGUCCAGCAGUUCUGGCCUGUUCUCGAAAUCGGGCAUGGACUCAGCUUUAGACUCCGAGUUUUCGUCUCUCGACGACGUGUGCAUUGUCCCCCCUGGUGUGCGGUACUGUAGUUUCGCUGCCCAGGCGCGACGGCAGCUCGAACUCCUGUCCGAUACUCUUCCACAGCGAGAUAGAGAUGAAGAAGAACUUCUUCGGGAUCGCGCGAUAUUGGCUUUCGCGGCACAAAACUUGAGGGGCAUCGAGAGGACACGCAUCCCGAUCGAUAACCUAGACUUGUGGGACAUAGUUCAGGCAUUCGAAAACAUCUACCCAGAAGAGGCGCUGAAUCUGUUAGGCAUGUUGGAGGAAUUGAGUGGGGAAAUAGCGGAUGGCUUGUACCUUGCGGCCACGCACAAUUAUGGUUCCUCCAUGGAAUAUAAGUAUACUUCUUACAAAAUAAUCUAAGGGAGAUCGUGACCCGGUUAGUUUUCCCUCUACUCGUAGACUUAUCUUCCCCUCUACUCGUAGACUUAUCUUCCCUCCCUAAGUAAGACAACCGGUUAGUUUUCACCUCGACUAAAUUAGGUUUAUCCCGAGCAACAACUUAUCUUCCCUUCAAGCAAAGUAAGUAUAAGGGGAGAUCGUGUUGGUGACGUACCAAGAUGCUGAGGGGACCGAGAUGAAUAGAAGCACUGUCUCUAAAACAAGGAAAAUUAUGUGAGUACCUUUGGUCGUGGCGGUGGACAGGGACCUGAAGGUGAAGAUGCUGGUGACGCCGAUAGCAGACUCAGGAGAAUGAGAAAGAGCUUGCUGAAAGACCUUCACAGGCGUGCGCGUCAUCAGGCUCGCGCCAAGAGGAUCGGUUCUCCAAACACAGCAGGUGAACAAGAUGAUAGAUUCGUCAGUACGAGUGCCCCUAGACCCAGUCGAGAACAAGAAAAAGACGGCAAGAGUGCUUCGCCUAGUCUCGGAGAAACAGACACGACAAACGGCAAACUACAACAACAAGUCGUUGCACCACUAGAAGCGGCUGAGCUCGAGGACCCUGUUCGUGAGGACGUCGACAACGCGAAACGAUUCGGAGAGCAAGAGCAGGACUCGGAAGGCAGCACUACAACAAUGACGCAAGAAAAGGGAUACAGUGCUUCGCACCAAGCUCCAGGAAAUGCAGAUCCUUCUUCUCUUUUAGGCAUUAUUGACGAAGAGGAGGACGACGAGGCUUCGCUGGAAAAAGCCCUUCAUUUGGUCGAGAAUGAGACGGAGACACCACGAGGAGGACCUCCAGUGAUCCCGCGCAUUCCCAUAGGAGGCAUAAUAGAUGAGCAAGAAAACAAGAAGAUGGGGCAACAGCACGUGAGCGACACAUUUGAGCCUCGUGGUCUUGAAGAAGCCAAGUUGUUGGCUCUUUCCACUAAGAAAGUCAUAGAAGAGCAGGAAAAUGAUGAGUCUUCUAAAGAAGCUGCUAUACAAGAGCAGGAGCAGCAGCAAGCGGACUAUUCUUGGCGUAGGAUGAAAAGAACUUCUUCUCCCCGAGAGCAGAAUGGAGGCGAUCCUUCAUCUUCUCCUAGGGCAAAGAACGGACAAGAUACCUUCCAUAAAAACGAGAAUCUGCCUACAACCUCCGGACGAGGCGGCGCUUCCGCCGAAGCAAGGAUGGAGAUGACUCCAGUUAAUGCUGGUCAAAAAAAAGGGCGCGAGGUUCGCAGUGUGAGUCGGACUCCAUUGCAUCAGCCACCUGGAGGUCUUUAUAAAUCUGAGCGAGCUCGUCCACCUCCUGAGAAUACAAGAAGCCGUGAUGUCGCACCUAGUGAAGAAAUUGAUACGGACGAUGCCCGUCCUCGUCGACCACGAGAAGUUACAGCAAUUUCAUCUCCCGAAGAUGUUCCUCCUCCAGAAGACAAUACUACAAGAAAGAUGUUGAGUGGACGAACGUUGUUGCACCACAAGACGCCAACCGCGGCUCUCCGGAAGUACUACGAGCAAGCGCGGCAGCGAUCUCCCGAUGUUAACGCCAAGAGGGCUCGACCUUCUCCCAGGAGCCCGCGGGACAAAGAGCAGACAAAAAGAAAGAACGUUGAUGUCCAUGUCGAAGUUGAGGGAACGAGAAUGAACGUCACGGAAAGGAGGGAAGGGGAUCGCGACCAUGAAGCUCAGCAUUAUCGAGAGGACCCUACAGCCGAGUUUGUGGAUAGUCAACAACAUCAUUAUCGCGAGGAUAGAAACAUCAAUUUUGGUAGUAAGCGUGAGCCACUGAUUCUAGAAAGACCCGCUCUUGUGUCACCGCAGCGAGUCGCAGGUGGUCUAGCAGGAGAGGGCUCCGUUGUGCUCGUGGAGCAUCAAACGCAUGAAGAAAAACAUGAUGAACAAGGUCUUUUUGCUGGGGAAGAGGAACAAGAUCAUGUUGAUCACGAGCCAAGUUCGCAGUCUGCUGGUAUCAGCUCCGGCCGAUCCGAGCCGUCAUCCGAGGCGCCUUCCCAGUCUCACGCUCUCGAGCCGCAUAGUUUGGAGCCGUCUGCGGCGCCCGAGCCACCUGCACAGUGGCCGUUGUCAGAAAGGCUGCGCAUGUCCAACCGUCUUUCUUCGGCCCUCACUCAACGGAGGCUCCGUGCUUCGCAGGCCUUUGUUGAAAAAUGCAAGAAGAAGAUCGCACCAGACCAGGUCUACGACUACGUGCAAAAAUUGCGCGAAAAAGUAACUCCAACUCGCCAGCCGCGUGGGUCAUUACUACAACUAGAUAAGAACAAAACUAAAACAAGUGAAGGAGAAGAUCGCGCCUCUGCAGAACAAGAAAUUGCCGGAGAUGCUGAGCCAGCAGAUCGCGAUUCUCUCGAUUCAAAUCGUAAGCGUGCCAGGCUCUUUGAUAAACAGGAACAGGAGCAAGAACAAGAUCACAAUUCGACUUCGAGCGUUGUCGUGCAGAAUGCAAAGCAGAAAACUGGCCCUGGGGAUCUGAUGUUAAGGACAAGCUCUCAAUAUUGAGUAAGUAUGCAAGUCUCAUUUCCUCUCCUGCGGUUUGAACACGCCUAACCCUUAAUAUAGACGCCGUGCUGAUGUGUCUAUUUAUCCAAGGAAAACGAGGUCAUCCAGGAGGUUGCUUUUGAUAACCACGAUACGAAAACCUCUAACAGCUACGCUGACUUCUGCAGACAAGCAGCAGAGGAUGACAAAAAUCAAGGGGAAUCUGGACUCGAAAGGAAAGGCCAAAGGUACGGACCUUGGAAAGCAAGGUCAGGACUCAGGAAGAAUAGCCAAGCGAGGCGAUUCCUUCGUCCUUGGUGAUGCUCCUCUAAUUGCGGUGCGAUAUUCCGGUGACAAGUAAACGAGGACUUCUGUACUUACUCCUGUACAGAAGAAGUAGAAGAAGAUAGUCGUGUCAACAUCUAGCUACUGUAGUAGAAGACUCUUCGUAAGAAUGACCGUUUGAUAAAGAUCAAAUCAUAGAUACAGAUUCACAAAGUUAGUAAGAUCAAAUCAAUGAAUCAAAGAUUUAGAAAAGUUUUAGUAUCUAGUACCUUCUUCACAAAUGAGAGCUGUGGUGGAUUGAUCACAUUUUUAGGCGCCAGUGUGUGUUUCGUCAACAUGAUGUAACUGUAUAAUUAAUGUAAGCAACUAGACGCUUCUUAUAGAUACAUUAAGUGCAACGAUCUGGAAUCUUAUGUAAUUAACCUCCUCCCAUAGCAGGAUGUUCUUGUUUCCCCCUUAUUUUCUCGUAGAGGUGUGCUGCAAAUCUUGACUGGCUUUCACCUUUUAGGUGAAGGUUUAGGUCCUGCGACGCUCAAAGCAAUAAGUAAAACAACCGGUUAGUUUUCACCUCCACACUCUUAGGCUUAUCCCAUGCAGCAACUAAUGUAAGCAACUGUGAAAUAGAAAUACGUGACCUACUUAUCAAUGACUGUGUCGUAUUCUUUUUAAUCUGAUUUCGUAAACUAUGGUAAUUUUUCGGAGAGUAUUUGAAAUUAAAUGUAGAGAGAAAUUAACGAAUGUUUGUUUUUUCGAUCGAUCCGGUUUCCAAAUAGUCAAAAUGUCAUGCUGCUCUCCCUCUGAAUACAUGAAAUCGAGGUGGAGAUCCGUAAUUUACCACGAAUCAUCCGCAUCUUUUUCUCACAUACUCUCUGUCCUUUCUCAUUACGAUGAUCAUAAGUAACGACCCAUCAAAGCAUUAUCUGUCUAACGUAAUCUUCACUCACAUUUAUUCAACGUAAAGAUUCCAGCUAACAUCGAUAUCGCAAUUCCGAAUAAUAAAGUCAUCGAUAUCGCGGCAAUCGUUUGCAAUUUAAUGAAUGUAUUUCAAUUAUUCCAAUUUUUCAGAUUCAUCAUGACCCGCAUUCCAUGUGUUACUAAAGAGUAACGACGAAAUAGAUAACGCGAAAUGGAAAAUGAAGUGAGUAAAGAGUUGUAGAGAAAGAAAAGCCUGGC